AUGUCUCCAGAAAUUUAUUGCGUGACAAAAUAUGAAAUCCCCGGUCCCCAACCUGGAGGAAUCCGGUGGCAUGAAAACAUGUAUCAGAAAAACGAAAGGAAAGCACACUCGCGCUCGCGUGUGCGUCGGGAACGGAAGAAGGGAGGGGACAACGUGUCACUGUCUCGGUCCCAGUUUCAGGACGUGGAGGAUAUGUUCCUUUGUCCGGAUGACCUAGUGCCCCCUGGGGAUGACCCCAACAGGGAAGCAUUCCUUCACACAGCAGACAUUGCAUUCAAAACGUAA